ACCCAUUUUCCCUCCCAUGUUCAAAAUCAACCUUCCAUAGCAUAUGCGAACUCCAAAAGUUGCAGAGUUAGCAAAAGCAAGAAAUGGCACAAGCGGCAAGGCUCAAUCUUCGAAUGCAAAAGGAGCUCAAGCUUCUACUCACUGACCCAUCUCCUGGUGCGUCGUUUCCCUUUCUUUCUGCCGACUCUGACAUAUCCUCCCUGUCGACCAUUGACGCUCAGAUUGAAGGACCGCAGGGAACUGUAUACGCUAAAGGGAUCUUUAACAUUAAGAUUCAAAUACCGGAAAGGUACCCAUUUCAGCCUCCUAGUGUGACAUUUGCUACGCCGAUCUACCACCCGAACAUCGACAACGGAGGCCGAAUUUGCCUUGACAUUCUCAAUCUUCCCCCAAAGCAGGGUGCAUGGCAACCAUCAUUGAAUAUUUCAACCGUGCUAACAAGUAUAGGACUGUUAUUGAGUGAACCCAAUCCUGAUGACGGUCUAAUGCCUGAAGCGAGCAAGGAGUUCAAAUACAAUAGAAAGGCUUUUGACCAAAAAGCACGAGCUAUGACUGAAAAAUAUGCCGGGACUGGAGCUAGCGGGCACAAUUGCAGGACCUGGUGCAUUCAAACUAAUGCAGAUCUAAGCACAAUGGUCGAAGUUCAACAAUCAGAGAAAGAGUCAAAAUAUGAAGUCAAUGAUUUUAUUCCUAAUCAUAAUAAACCAAGUGGGAUCAAUCAGAAGCUGUUGCUCAAACCUUCAAGCUCAACUCAUAAAAGGGUAAGUGAUGGAGAGGCAAGUGACGUGCCAAAUCCCCUAAAAUUUGGCUUGGGAAAUUUGGAAACAAAAAGAGACAGAAAAGAGUUAAGAGAUCUACCUGACAAGUACAGUCAGAAAGAUGAGAAGCAAUGUAAGAUUGGGAGGAAGUUAUCUCUUGAAUCCUCAGUUCAAUGUUGUGAAAGAGAUGGUCCUGAUGUGAAGGAUGGAGACCCAAAGCAACCACAUUUACCCUGUAAUGCACAGACUCUUUCUAUGGCUUCUUCAGAGUCAACAUUACUGCAGGGUGAAAGCCUUCAUGAACUGCAAAUACAUCAGCACCGUGACUGCAUAUCAACAUAUGACAGCAAAAUCAUGAGUUCAGGUAAUCUUUAUAAGGUUAGCCAGAAAAUACCAUGCAGAUCUUUGGAUGCAUGCCAAACAAAUGAUGGUACUAAUGAGAAAAUGCUUGUGACUCCUGCAAUAUCACCUUCUCACUCCCAUUCUAAUUCAUCACCUGGGGCCUUGACCAUUAGCUCUUCUGUUAAUAAUGAUGCACUACAGACUUGUCAGGUUUCUAUGGAAAAAUCGGGAAAUGGCUCCAUUGAUACUAAAUGUAAGAAAGUAUGUUCAGUACGCAAGAAGCUUUCCUUGGGCUUUAAGGGUUCGUCAGGGGGACAGGAAAAGGAUGACAAGGAGAAUGUUUUGCUGAUGCACAAAUUAUCAUCAAGUCCCAAAACACAAAGGAAGGCUGGAAAUGAUCGGAAACUGCAUCCGAGUCCUCUGACUCAAUUGCAGGGUAGCAAUGAGGAUAAUAGCCGAUUGUUCUUGCGCUCAGGGGAACUUCCUGCAAAUAAAUAUCGGAAGCAGCAGUCUGAUCAACCUCAGAAUGGAAAACUUGAUGGCGAGAUUAAACAAUGGGGAGAAGAAACACAAGUAGCUGAAUCAAUAAUAGUGCUGGAUAGUGAAGACAGUGAGGAGGAAAGCAAUGGAUCAAUAAGGUCUAAACUGUCACUAGUGCGGAAGUGCAUGGGAAAGAGAAAAGCUCAAGCUUGAUUGCCAAAAAGUUGCCUAGUCAGGCCUUUGGUGUGAACUUAACCAAUAUUUUGUACUUAAUUUUAUGCAAUUAUGUUACCUAACCAGAGACGACCUGGGAAGUUUUGCCCUCAAGUUAGCAGGAUGGUGCAAGGAUGUGGAACUAGAAACAUUGGUAGGACAUUAGAAAAUAUUAACAGGGCUGCAUAAAUUCUUAUGUUGUUGGUUGUACUUGUGUUGGCCUUACUAGUGCUACAUUUUAUUGUUGGAUUAAUAAACAACUGCACAUGUUUAUGGCUGCUAAUACAA